AUGAAAACCCCACUUAACGCGAGCGGCGCCUUCAAUUUCAUACUUGCGUGUUCUGCUGCUGUUUGCGUCUUCACCAAAAAAAAAAAAAUGAAAGAAAAUGAAAGAAAAAAAAACGGCUUCAGCCGUUCGUCUGGUUUUAUUUAG